CACGAAACUGCCACACUAUAAAAAAAAAAAAAAAAAAAAGCAAGUGAGUAAAGUUUGAAUGCGGCUCCCUGUGUCAUCCAGAGGCUGAAAACUUCACCGGCUUCAUAUCGGAGCUGUCUGAAUGGAGACGGAUUCACAAACGGCGCCAUGGCCAUGGAGAGCAGUUUGUGGCCGUCCUGCAACUACAGCCACAAUGUCACCUUCUUCUAUAACUGGGUGGGGAAGGCGAUCAGCAAAGAGUGGACAACGCGGGAUUUGGUGGUGAUUGGGCUUGGUGUGACCGUUUGCUUCAUCGUCGUUCUGUCCAACCUGAUGGUUAUGAUCGCUAUCUUCAUCAAUCGCCGCUUCCACUUCCCAAUCUACUAUCUCCUGUCCAACAUGGCUGCGGCUGACCUGUUUGCAGGAAUAGCUUAUGCCAACCUGAUGUUGAACACAGGCCCCUGGACCCGGACGCUCACCAAAAAGCAGUGGUACAUCCGAGGAGCUUUGAUUGACAUCAGCUUGACGGCCUCUGUUGCCAACCUUCUGGCUGUGGCUGUUGAGCGGCACCAAACCAUCAUCACCAUGCAGCAGCACAGCAAGAUGACCAAGAGGCGUGUGCUGCUGCUCAUAACCUGCAUCUGGGCUGUGAGCAUCUUAAUGGGCCUGGUGCCGUCCACAUUUUGGAACUGUGAGUGUGACCUGGACGACUGCUCUACUGUCGCUCCCCUGUACAGUCGCCGCUUCCUCAUCUUCUGGGCAGUUCUCAACUUGCUUACAUUCCUCAUCAUGGUGGGGAUGUACGCUCGUAUUUUCAUUUAUGUGAGAUACCAGAGCAGAUAUUCAUCUCGGCACACUUCGGAGAUGCGCCACAACCAGACUGUUGUCAGCCUGAUGAAAACGAUCUCCAUGGUACUUGGUGCCUUUGUGAUCUGUUGGACACCUGGACUUGUGACUCUCUUAUUGGAUGGUUUGUUGGGGAAAAAGAGCCACGCUAAUGCCUUUGAAAAGUUCUGCUUGGUCAUAGCUGAAUGCAACUCCCUGGUCAACCCUAUCAUCUAUUCGCUGAGGGACGACGAGAUGAGGACGACGUUCAAGUCCAUUUUGUGCUGCCUGUGUUGGAGAGGGCGUUGCCAGCAGAGGGAGCCCUCACCUGUCAAGAUAGAGUCACCACAGCCUGAGGAGACUCUUGGUUGUGUCGAGAAGUCACAAGAUCAGGACUCAUACAAUAAAGACGACUGCUGACAAUGCCAGGGGUGGGAUGGUCAUGGAUCUUCAAUUUCCCAUCAUCUACUGCCAUCAAACCAUGACGUGCAUAAGUGUUCAUUUGUUAAAUUGAGGCAACUCCUGGCCUAACUACCUCUUUGAUGCUUACACUUGUAAAAUAAUAAAAACAAAAUACUAUAUAAAGCUCUUGACAAAAGGAAAUAACUUUUUUUCCUGUGGUAAAUAAAAUUAAAAAAAAAAAACCUAUAUAAAGCUCUUGACAAAAGGAAAUAACUUUUUUUCCUGUGGUAAAUAAAAUAAAAAAAAAAAACCUAUAUAAAGCUCUUGACAAAAGGAAAUGGCUUUUUUCCCUGUGGUUGUGUAAGUAUUUAGUGUUUCUCCAUCUUGUUUUAUAUAAGAUUCACAUAUUGAUCAUCAGAUGGUGCAAUCUCUCCUUUUAUUACAUUUGACUAUCACAAGAGCAUUUGUGACAAAUUAUAAAAUGAAACACUCCUAAAAUUUGAAAUCAAAUACUGAAAAAUCACACUAAAUCAUUUUAUUAAUUUUCUAAUAAGAACACUACAAUUUGUCAUAUUCUUCCUUUUGUUUUACUCUUUCUAGAACAAUUCUAAAGUUGAGGUAUAAAAGGAGUUCAUACAGACUCACAAGUCUGAAAACAGUGGGGGUUAUAUACAAGAGAAAUGGAAAGACAGAGGUAGAGAGAGGGGUAAAUACAAGGGAAAGAGGGAAGAUACAAAUAUACUAAUAAAACAAAGAAAUCAAACAGGUUUAACAAGUCAUUUGGUGCUGUGGAAGUCACUUAACCUCAAUCCAACCAAGUUUUAAACAUGAUUAUCAUCCAAAAAAAAAAAAAAAGGUUUACAUUUGAUGCUUGAAAUUACAAAAUGUAUCCGCUAUAUUUAAAUUUGUGUAAUUAUUAAUGUUUGAGCAGAGACGGUCUACUUUAACAAUGAACGUUGGCCUUAAAACUGCAAAUUGCUCCUUAUUCUGAAGCCAUAAAAACAAAACUCAGUCAUAUCUAACUUUCUGUCAGUUACACUGUGUGAAGUUCUGUGGUAUGUUUUUAGAAAAAAACCACAAAAAUAGGUGACAUCUACUCGUCCACAUCUAGCUGGAGCUUAAAUCAAACCUUGGAAUGAUGCAAUGGUUGUAAAACUCCUUCUACUACUUCCUAAACUGGAAUUCCUGAUUUCCUGCAGUUUUCAUAUAUAAGACUUAGACUUAAAAGAAGCACCACGACAGGAUGAAUAUUUCAGGAAGUGACUGUAUAACUAACUGAGGUAGUGUGAACAAAUGGGAGAAUUUUGCUAUGGAUCGACAUGUCAAAAUUCCCUUCAUUAAGUACAUAAUGUUCACCUCAACACCUCGACUGAUACUAUUAUUUCCACAGCACCAAACGUUACAUCUGUAAACCUUACAUCACCACCCGGUUAUGUAACAAAAGACCUAAAUAAAAUUGAAAAUUGAUACAGAGUUAUUGUGAAUCCUGUUACACAAAGGCCAAAUAAAACUGGCAUCUCAACCAAACAUCAAAAUUUAUAAAAGAAAAAAAAAAAUACUGAAACAUUACACAAACUGUACAGUGACAUCCAUUACAACAGGUAGAAAAGGGGAGGGAGGCAUGAUAAUUUGGUGUGGUGAUAACGUUAUUCAUAAGAUACAGUCAUAUUAACUGCGAUGAGUAACAAAACAAUUAAAUGUGGGAUAUCACGUGACCAGCUUACAAGCUCAAGUUUUGUUCUGUAACAUAUGGUUCAACAAAGUCAUGACUGACACUUAAAUCUUCAUAAGGCUUUACCUUACUAUCAAAAUGCUUUGUUAUUCACAUAACAGUUAAUGUAUAAAAUAGUUCCAAAGAAUGAAAGUCCCCAAAAACAUUGCAGGUUUGUCUUAAACACAAGUUAGAGUUUUACUCCACCCGGCACUGCCUCUUUUUUGGUAACAGAGGAGAGAGAAGCCCUUGCCCAAUCGGCCGUGGAACUAAAAACAAGAUUGUUGUGUUUUUACCAGAAGAUAUUAAAAAGAUGCGUAAAGAAGGAGGAAGUAAACCCUCUCAUGGAACAGGUGCUCCACUGACACAAUCAAAUUACAGGUGUGAUAUAACGGUACGACUCCACCCACCCUCCCAUGAAGCCCCAUAACAUAACACCCCCCACCCAACCUCCCACCCCUUCCCAAACAAAAACAAAACAAAAAAAAAAA